AUGGCGAAGCGCAAGUCGAUGAGCUCCAAGAUGGCGUCCCGGAAGAAGCCGGCGCCGAAGCUGGACACCACCUUCUGCUGCCCCUUCUGCAACCACCCCGACAGCGUGGCCUGCACCAUCGACCUCAAGCUCUUGGUCGCCACCGCCGUCUGCUACGUCUGCGAGGAGGCCUACCACACCACGGCGCACUACCUCACCGAGCCCGUCGACAUCUACCACGACUGGAUCGACGCCUGCGAGCAGGCCAACCAAGGCAUCGAACUCCAAGCCCGGGACUACCACAAACGGCAGCGGCGAGUAGGCAGCGACGACGACGACGAGAGCGAUGCCUGA